CAAGGGGAAGGGACGGCGGAGGGCCCGGCGGCCCCGCGCCGGGAAGGGAAGGUCGAGGCGGGUUGUGAGGAGGCGGCGGGCAGCGAGGCUGGAGGAGGAGGAGAGCGGGGAUUCGUCAGGCGCACGGCGGCACGGCCGCGGCGCAGGCCCUCAGCGGGGUCCUUCGGCGACGGGCACGGAGGGAGCGGGACGGCGGCCGCGAUGAACCUGGAGCUGCUCGAGUCCUUCGGCCAGAACUACCCUGAGGAGGCCGAUGGCACGCUGGACUGCAUCAGCAUGGCUCUGACCUGCACCUUCAACCGAUGGGGCACGCUGCUCGCCGUGGGCUGCAACGACGGGCGCAUCGUCAUCUGGGAUUUCCUGACCAGGGGCAUCGCCAAAAUCAUCAGCGCUCACAUCCACCCUGUCUGCUCCUUGUGCUGGAGUAGAGAUGGUCACAAGCUGGUGAGUGCCUCGACUGAUAACAUCGUGUCGCAGUGGGACGUGCUCUCGGGAGACUGUGACCAGAGGUUUCGCUUUCCUUCGCCCAUCUUGAAAGUCCAGUAUCACCCUCGAGACCAAAACAGAGUUUUGGUUUGCCCCAUGAAGUCGGCGCCGGUGAUGCUGACGCUGUCGGACUCCAAACACGUUGUUCUGCCUGUGGAUGAUGAUUCUGAUCUCAAUGUCGUGGCCUCCUUUGACAGGAGAGGGGAAUACAUUUACACAGGCAAUGCCAAGGGGAAGAUCUUGGUCUUAAAAACAGACACUCAGGAUCUUGUUGCUUCCUUCAGAGUGACAACUGGAACCAGCAACACCACAGCUAUUAAAUCGAUUGAAUUUGCUCGGAAAGGAAGCUGCUUUUUGAUAAACACAGCUGACAGGAUCAUCAGGGUGUACGAUGGCCGGGAAAUUCUGACUUGUGGAAGAGAUGGGGAGCCUGAACCUAUGCAGAAGCUGCAGGAUUUAGUGAAUAGGACACCAUGGAAAAAGUGCUGUUUCUCUGGUGAUGGUGAAUAUAUAGUGGCAGGCUCAGCACGACAACAUGCUCUGUACAUUUGGGAGAAAAGUAUUGGAAACCUAGUGAAAAUCCUCCAUGGGACCAGAGGAGAGCUGCUCUUGGAUGUAGCAUGGCAUCCUGUCCGACCCAUCAUAGCUUCUAUUUCCAGUGGUGUUGUGUCAAUAUGGGCCCAGAAUCAAGUGGAAAACUGGAGUGCCUUUGCACCUGACUUCAAAGAGCUGGAUGAAAAUGUAGAGUAUGAAGAGAGAGAGUCAGAGUUUGACAUUGAAGAUGAAGAUAAGAGUGAACCAGAACAGACAGGUGCUGAUGCUGCAGAAGAUGAAGAAGUGGAUGUCACUAGUGUGGAUCCCAUUGCUGCCUUCUGUAGCAGUGAUGAAGAGCUGGAGGACUCCAAGGCUCUGCUUUACUUACCCAUUGCCCCUGAAGUUGAAGAUCCAGAAGAAAACCCCUAUGGCCCUCCACCAGAUGCAGUUCAGAGUUCUUUAAGUGAUGAGGGAAUAGGUUCUGAGAAGAAGAGGCAGUCCUCCUCUGAUGGACCUCAAGCACCAAAGAAGAAGCCCAAAACCACCAACAUUGAACUGCAAGGAGUACCUAAUGAUGAAGUCCAUCCGCUGCUGGGUGUGAAGGGAGAUGGUAAAUCCAAGAAGAAGCAAGCAGGCAGGCCUAAAGGAUCAAAAGGUAAAGACAAAGAUUCUCCAUUUAAACCGAAACUCUACAAAGGGGACAGAGGUGCUUUACCUCUGGAAGGAGCAGCGAAGGGUAAAGUGCAGGCGGAGCUGGGACAGCCUUUGACAGCAGGUGGUGCAAUCUCAGAAUUGUUAUGAAGACACUCUUCUCUAUCUUCCUGUAUUCUUUCCUAUAUUGGCACCCUAAUGUGGAAAAUAGAUGAAAUGCUCAGUCAGAGUGGACUGACUCAUACAGCAGACUGAUUGUUCAUGGAUUCAGGGAGUGACUUUUGUAACAAGUUGGAUAUGGAAGAGGAAGCGGCCUUCAUUCCUCCUUAACUGCCUCUUCAUGGAACAGUGUGAGAUGCUGACUCUCAGGUCAUGGCCAUUUGCAAAGAGACUCCUUGGACUGCCUUUGUGUUGACACACACAACUAAUUCUGAAGUGAGCUGCUCCCCAGCACUCUGCCACUCCAGAGCUUGAUCAGCCAUUGUCUUCUAAAGGUUGGGGUUGGUUUGUUUUCCCUUUGUUCCUGGAUUGAAGACUACCCAAAGUGUGUGUUUUUAUUCCUGAUGCCACCUGACUGUGUAUCCUGCAAAACUUCCCUUUCUUUGCUGUUCAUUUUCAUUUCAGUGGGUUGUAAAUCCUGUGCCAGCUGCAUUUCCUCAUCAGCUUUUCUGUUAGCUCAGUUAAGAUGUCUCCUGUGCUGACAUGCCUAAUGAAACGCUGCUGCUGAUUACGUGCCAGGUUUGAUUUCAUCUCAAGGGGACAGAGAUCCUCUAUCUGAAGGUCCUCUGAAGUCUGCAAAGAAUGAAGCUUCAUGUUGGGAAUAUUUUAGUCAUGAAGGAUGAUUCUGCUUAUGGGAGAAGGAACAAAUGAAAGUAGCUCUAGAUAAAAGACUCGGUUUAUGUGCUUCCUUCUAAGCCUGGGAUAUGAAAAGCUGUGUUGGCAGUUUCUUCCUGUCCUUGCAAGUGUUUUUAUUCUGCCUCUUUACUGUGAGGUGCCCUACCAGAAAUAAUUGGUUUCCUCCCUAGCUGGUGGGUACUGGCAGUUAGAGAAAAAACAGCCAAUAUUGCACUGAACUGAAACAGUUGUUUCAAGGCUUUUCCCCCCCCUCACUUCUGGAUCAGGAAUGGAAGAAAGGUGAAUGCUAACAGCUCACUGCUAACAGCUCACUCCCAGCCAUGAUUGAACCUUUUCUUCUUUAAAGAUUGUUGCAAUUACUUUCCUUGUGGGGCUGGAAAGAGACCCUUUCUCUCUCCAAUACCUGACACUUCUCUGAAUUAGCCCAACCACCUGUUAGAAGAAAGUUCUCACUCCUGAUGCCCUUUGGUUUAUUGACUGUUACAGUUCCCAACUGCAACUGCUUUCAGUUUUUCCCCAGAUGUAAUUACUGAGAUCAUCCCUCCACAUUGAAAUGUUAACAGUAUCCUGCAGUAACUCAGGAGUCACAAAGAGAUGUGAUUAACUUUGCAGUUGAAAGCAUGGAGUGGUUGCAUAGAAAGAAGCACUAGAAAAGACAUUGGAAAUCAGGUGGUGCUUUUUAACUGGGUGUUUUCAUUCCUGGCUUCAGUCCAGUGGCCUGUUUCAUUUAAUGAAUCUCAUUCCCAUGCUACAGCAUUAGAUUUCUUUGUUCUUGCUGCUUGUUGGAUGAGUCACAUCUUUCCUGGAAGGCUUUUAUGUUGAAUGCACCUAUGUGUGGUGUGGCUGACCUCACCAGCUUUCAGACAUGCACAGGCAAUGGUUCUCUUAAGAUUUGGUUUCUAAAGCCUUUGAUUUGCCACAGGCUCCAGCCUUUGUUUUUGUUAAAACCUCUCUGUACAGUGUAUAUGUCCUUGGUUUACUUUCCUCCAUCCCUUAUUUUAUUGGUAUCUGUAGUUUUGUACAAUAUUUGUCAGAUCCUGCCUUGAUGAUGGUAGUAAAAGGUGAUGGUAGCUUUGUGUUUGUAAAUAAAGAGGGAUGGUUUAUUUCCUAGA